UGAGAGGACAGACAUCUAAACAAAAACUGUUGGAGCACUAGAAAUAGUCUAUCUGUGGAAAAAAAACAUAAAACUAAAAAACUAAAUCCACACUUGUGCCACCACCACAAACCAUGUCACUAUAAAAAGUGAGUGGACUCACUCCAGCACACCCAUGACACCCCUAUAUGCCACGGCCAAGGAAUGAUAUCAGUUCCUUUACAUCUUCUGGGUGUUAUUUUACUGGGUCACUGCAGCAAAUCAAAAUCCUAUCAGUUUUACAUUCGGAAGGACAGAUUAUCCUAAAACAAUGUACCAGUAAUGGCUGAAUCAUUUUCCAAACAUAAAUUAACACAUUGGUUUUAUAUAACCAUGUCACACUGCAUGUCCAAAUUCAGAAUUUCUACAAGAAAUACAUGACAUUAAGGAUGAUCUCACAAUGCUUUGUCCUCACUGUGCCUUUAAAUCAGAUGGAAGCUGUAAAUGGCUCAGGUUAUAUCAGGUAGGCCUAUGGUUGCCAACACUUACAGUAUCACACACGCUCACGAAGAAAGUUGCGAACCAAACAGUGUAAUAGCCACACUGCAUUUCAAAAGUUGUGAUCUUCAAUUGACAACUGACAAUACCACAGCGCCUGCUAUAUAGCUGGAUAGAGAUGCUGUCUAAGUUGACAUUUCUUGGUUCUUUUGUUAAAAUGACGGAAUGGGGGAUAUAAAUACUGGAUCAAUACUGCCAUCUGGUGGCCAUUUAAGGUAAUACAAGUAUCAGCUUGCAUUCUGCUCUAUUAAUAACUACAGUAGUGCUGAAGUUUUUUUUUGAGCAACAAGCUUCUGACUGUGUCCAUUAAGGAAGGGCAUUUCAUUUUUGAGUUGUAAUAUUUGACAUAAAAGGGAAGCAAGACUUAAAUUGUGAUUUAAAUUCUGAAAGUUUUUACUUGACCUCUGCUUGUACCCCUUGUGACUCCCAACAGUUCCAGUGAAGGGUGCCAUGUCAAAGGACACAUUUCCGUUCACUUCUUCCUCACUCCGCUCCCUGAGACUGGAGCAGGAGCUUCAGGAGUGGGAGGAUGCUCGGCAAGCGUUGGCUCAUAGGAGAGCCAUGACAAGGGCCCCGCUGCCCCGGGCCCCCAGGCCUCCUCCCAGGCAGCAACGGCUCCAGGAGGUCCGGGCCCCUCCACCCCAGGUCCGGUGCAGAGACACGGCCGUGCACAACACCUUCAUGUGGGGGGACAUGAAAGGAGUGUAUGCGGUGCUGAAGGACCCUGCGAUGGUCAACGCCCUGAUGGAGACGGUGCAUGAGGAGAUGCUGUGGGCUCCAGAGAUGGGAAUGUGGACGCUGAGCUCCAAGGUGAAGCAGACUUCAGCAUUACGUCUGGCUGCCAGCAGAGGACACACAGGAUGUGUGGAGGAGCUGCUGUUCCGUGGGGCUGAGGUGAACGCUGACCCCGGAGGUAACACGGCCCUCCAUGAUGCUUGUAUGGGCGGCCAUGCGGCUUGUGUCCAGCUGCUGCUCUCUCACGGAGCAGAUCCUGACCUGCUGGCGGCAGACGGCAGCGCUCCUCUUCACCUCUGCACCUCUGCCCAGUCAUUGCAGUGUGCUGAGUUGCUGAUAGACGGAGGUGCAGAGGUCAGUGUGAGGAUGAGGGAGUCGAGGCUCACUCCUCUGCACGUGGCCGCCCGGCGAGGCCUGGAGGAGCAUGUGGAGCUCUUCCUCAGCCACGGAGCAGAUGUGUCAGCCACAAAUCAAGAGGGGGAGACCCCUCUGAACGCUGCAUGCUCCGGUGCCGAGAGGCCCUCUGAGGCCGGCCGCUAUUUACGUGUGAUUCAAAAGCUGCUGGAUGCAGGAGCUGAUCCCAGAACUGCAGGCAGGAAGCAGCACACCCCUCUGCACAAUGCUUGUGCAAACUGCAGCCCCCGAAUUGUGGACGUCCUCCUGCAGCAUGGAGCCAAGGCAGAUGUUGCCAACUGUGCAGGAUACACACCAAUGGACUGUCUGUUACAGGUGGUUGAAGAUUACCUAGGCCAGCAACCGGAAGCUGUAGCACGGUCACUUCUGAACCAUGGAGCUCAGCCUGUUUCACCAAAGAUGUUGAAGCAGUGUGUCCUCUCUCCUGCCACUCUGGAGGUGAUGCUGAACUCGUACACAUCCAUCCCUCCCUGUGAGUGGAUGGACUCUCUGCCCACUGAGAUAUAUGAGGAGCACCGGCCUUUCUUCGACCUGGCGCGUCAGCAGAGCGGCCAGCCUCGCUCUCUGCAGCAUCUCUGCCGAUGUGCUUUACGCCUGCGCCUCGGAGGCCGAUGUUUCGCAGCAGUCAGUGAACUGGACAUUCCCAGCUCUGUGAGGGAUUACCUGCUGCUGUGUAAGGACGGGACACUCCAAUAACUUCAUAUUGUGUGUGUGUGUGUGUGUA